UCUAAUAUUUUAUCCAUGUUUUUCUGUAUGCUCAUCAAAAAGAUGGGAUUUUGGAGUUUGUGUAUUUUCUUUUUUUACUUUAUGCUCUGUUUGGAAGGGGAGAAAGAGUAGGGAAGUGUAAAGAAACUUUCUGCUGGGUUCCCCCCUCUGUUCGUCUUGACUCAUCAACUUCUGGUUUUGAAAUUAACGGAAGGUAAAACUGAAAUCAAACAACGAGGAGAGAUGGAUGAGAAUGGAAAAGUACGCCCGAAUUGUGCUAAUGCUGCUAAUCCCUACCAUGUAUGUGGUGCAUAUUGCCUAGAAAAGAUUGCUGAUGGCAAGGGAUAUAAGGAAAAGGAUAAAAAGAUAUUAGAUAACCGCUACGGUAUAAAAGAAGUUGUGCGUAACAAAAGGACUGAUGAUGGAGGGAGAUCGCAACCAAAUUGCCCUAAAGCAUCGAAUCCUUACCACGAAUGCAAUGAUAAUUGCACCCAGAGAAGUUCCAAGGCCAAUAUUCAGGGAGUUAGAAAGGAAUCAGAUAAUCACAACGGUAUAAAACAAAGUGAGCUUAGAAAAAAGAAAGGUGGCGAGGGAAGAGUGCACCAAAAUUGCAGAAAGGCAUCGAAUCCAUACCAUGAAUGUGAUGAAAAUUGUUUCAACAGAAUUACAGAGGCCAAGAAAGAAUCAGGUUCCAAAUUUAUUGAUGAUUCCAGAAGCUUUGACAGGAAAAAGAAGGGAUCUGAGUCUCAGCCUAAGUCCCCUCGAGCACUUGAGAUUACCCCUGCCCUAGGUGCAAUUUACCAUGGUGACCCCAACUCACUUGAGUCUCAUUUAUAUAGGGAGAAGUUGGAAGCAGAGAAUGCCGAGUCCUUUUCUUCUUUUGAGCAACACCCUGAAGAGAUUUGUUCCCAAGAGCAAUCUUUUGACAAGGCUCAAAUUCAAUACUCUCAACCGUUGCCUAUGUCUGGCAAAAUCAUGUCUCCUGGUGAUACAGCAACCAAAUUUAAAGGGGAGAAGAUUCAAAUUUCCCCUAAGGUAAGUUCAGAUGCAAGUACCGAGGAUGGGAGGGAAGAUGUGACUAGCUCAGCUUUCAGUUUCACAGGGAUCACCCAAGCUCUAGAAGAGAGUGAUAAGGAAGAUAACAAAUCCAUAAUCUCUGAGUCCUGUGUUUCAGUUGGAAAAUACCGUGUGAAAGAAAGCAUCUCCUCAACUCUACAGUCAAUUUUCGAUAAAUAUGGAGACAUAGCAGCUAACUGUCAGUUGGAAUCGUCUUCCAUGCGUGCAUAUUAUUUAGAGUGCUUGUGUGCUGUGGUUCAAGAGUUGCAAUCCACUCCAUUCAAUGAACUGACCAAAUCAAAAGUAAAAGAAAUUUUUGCUGUUCUUAAGGAUGUAGAAUCUGCAAACAUUGAUGUUAGUUGGCUGCGUGCUCUGCUCAAUGAAAUCUCAGAAGCCAUCAAUCUUGCUAGUCAACGACAAACUUUUGAAGCCAAAAAGGUUAAGUAUGAAAGUUCGUUAGAGUCUGUAAAGAACGAACUGGAAUCUCGAAUGGAAAAUCUAUCUCAGAAAGAAAAGGAGGCUGCUGAUGCCCGGGAAAAAGUCGCAGAAAUCAAGGCCCGUUUGGAUGACAUGGAACAUGAAUGUUCUCAGUUGGACAAAACUAUUUCAUCUAUAGCAUCAAUCAACGAAAAGUUCCAGGGCAAAUCUCUGGUGGAUGAGCUCCUGUAAUAUUGUUUGCGAAGUAAGACAUUACAUUAAUAUUUAGAUACCUUGAUAGCGUCAUGAAAGUGUUGUGUGUAGAGAAAUUGAUGAUAGGGUUUCAAACUUGUUUUCGAGCACUAUAUAUAAUCUGAUUCCUGGCUUUCUGGAAUAAAUGAACUGCCAAGAAAAAUUAAGAGUCCUUGAUGUUAGCCUCAGGACUUGGUUCAUAAUAUGGGUCACAUUUUGCAUUUGAAAUGAAAGAAGAGUUCAAUAAAACCAGUUCCAACA